AGUGUCAAACAUGACAGCAUAGUCCCGCGACCAACCCGAGUACAUUGCGACGACGCUUCAAUCGUAUCGCCUGUGGAACCAUCUAUUCCUAGCUGCAUCGACAGUCUAGUCCAUUCUUUAUCCAUCAUUGACAAUCGUCAAGUACACUCGUUUACCAUAGCCCUGACAGCUUCUACGUACAUUGCCUUCGAGACUCUCGAGAUACCUAAUUAUUCAUAACCAGGCAUCAUAAUCGUAACAAUGCCUCGCUCAACCACAGUAUGGGCCGCCGCCUUGGUCCUGGCCAGUCUUUCCGGCUCUGGCCCGCUCCUCACGACAGCAGAGGCCAUGCCCGCACCAGGACCACAACAAACCCAAGGCCGUCCCCGAUACUACUUCGCUAGGCACGUGAAGCGACAAAUCGUUACAAAUGCGACGACCCCUGCGGCUACUCCAGAGCCAUCAACCAGCUACUCGUCUAGCAGCACUACUGAGCAGCUCUCGUCCCGCCAGAUGGACUUCCCAUCUUUCAUUGAAUCGCUGUUCCGCGGUAGUUCCGAUUCAUCGGCUCUUGCCUCUUCCUCAGAUGUGCUAGUCAGCACCAGCGACGCAGACACGACCGGCACCUUGUCCUCCACGUUGGUAGAGAGCUCCUCUAGCGCACCUCUCUCAGAAAGCAGCGUCUUCUCACCACCGCCGCCUGCGGCAUCGAGCUCUGCAGUCGAAUCGUUGAGCUCCAUCGUCAGCUCGUCAAGCCAAAUUCAGGAAUCCAUCCCUGUGCCAUCAUCUACCGCUGCUCCCUCGCCUACUCCCGAAGCACCUAAAAGCGAGAAGCCUGUCGAGACCACCACGCCCGAGCCUAUCUCCGAACCUCGGCCAACAACCGCUGUUUCUUCAGCGGCCGAGAUUGGCACUACUAGUGGCCUCCCCGAGACUAUUGUGCAGCCUACAUCAACCGCCCAAAGCAGCGCCGCAUCUUCUACCAAGGCUGACAGCCCUAUUCUGGGUCCUAUCCUCGGCUCCACUGGCCUCCUACCUGAGAUCAUCGUCCCACCAACCUCCACUGUCCAAAGCUCAGCUGCGGCCUCUUCGACUGCCGUUGAAGAUACUCCAGCUUCUUCGACCGCUCAGAGCUCAGCGGCUGCCCCAACUGGAGCGCUGCCUGACGUAAUCGUCCAACCGUCAUCCUCCGCUGUCGACAGCAAGCCAGCGCCUUCUACCGGCAGCAUUCCCGAGACCAUCGUGCAGCCAACUUCAGCCAUCGUACAGCCGACCUCGACGCCUCCUGGUGUUGAGAAUACCCCUGCCUCGACAGGCGGACUGCCGGAUGUCAUUGUGCAGCCAUCGUCUUCAGCUGUCGACACACCUACUGCAACAACGACUUCUGCUGGUCUCGUUGGUGGGCUUCUCUCAUCGCUUCUGAACCCAAUCAUUGGAUCCACUGGCGGUGUUCCCACAUCUGUUGUCCAACCUACCCAGGUAGUUUCAUCGACUAUUGCCCAGUCAUCAGAGCAAGCUGUCGGCUCCACUGGAGGCAUCCCGGAGACUAUCGUGACACCCACUGCGUCUCCUGCUUCUUCUGCUGCACCAAACUCUCCUGCUGCAUCCAGCUUCCAGGGGCCUUUCAUUGUCCCUGGAUCGACAGGCGGUGUUCCUGAAUCGAUUGUGCAGCCUACCUCAUCCGGCGGCCUGGUUGGUGGUCUCCUUUCAACGCUACUCGCACCCACCCCUACUCCUGAGAUCGGCUCCACUGGUGGCAUUCCUGAGACAAUUGUUCAGCCUACCUCUUCCGGUGGCCUACUUGGUGGUUUCUUGUCGUCAAUCCUUCCACCCGUGCCAACUUCUGAAGUUGGCUCCACUGGAGGUAUUCCUGAGACCAUCGUUCAGCCCACUUCGUCUGGGGGCCUUCUUGGCGGGCUACUUUCGUCGAUUCUUCCACCUGCCGCUACUUCCGAGGUUGGCACCACUGGAGGUAUUCCUGAGACCGUUGUCCAACCAACGUCAUCUGGAGGCCUAGUUGGUGGACUGUUGUCCUCGCUCCUCGCAUCAGAAGUCCCGACAGCCACCUCCCAGGUUGCUUCGACUGGCGCACCCCUUCUGCCAUCAUCUGGCAUUGUCAUCGGCAUCACUACGGCUUUGGGCACUGGUGAUUCUGCUGCUUCGACUGCGACACCGACUUCUCCCUUGAGCUCUGGAGCCAUUCCUACUUCAGAGACCGUAGCUACCAGCUCCCCGAUCCUCGACGUACCGGGACUUAUAUCGUCGGUCGUAUCUGGUGUCCUGCCUACCGGUAGCGGUGUUGCAUCCACUGCACCCACAUCAGUAGCUUCUGCUAGCGCGUCCGGCAUUCUUCCUCCGGCAAUCUCCUCGCUGUUGUCCUCAGUUGUAUCGGAUCUUCCUGUCUCUGUGGUGCCCAGUGCUAUAUCAAGCAUUCUGUCUGAUUUGAACUCAGCUCUUCCCACCGGCACUGGUCCCAUUAUCAUCCCGACUGUCUUGCCCUCAAGCUUGCUGUCUUCCGGAGUUCUCCCCCCUUCGUCAGGCCUGCCAAUCUCGUCAGGUAUCCUACCAUCGUCUGGCAUCCUUCCUUCUUCAGGACUCUUGCCAUCCGGUGCCGUGCCUACCCCAACCUCUGAAGUCGUUUCUUCGUCUGGCGUGCCUGCCUCCGAGGCUCUCUCCUCCAGCGUUGGGCCUACAGCCUCCGAGACUGCAAGCAUUACACCUUCAGCAUCUUCGGGAACUGCUUUACCCUCAGGCUCCGGAAGCUCAGGCAUCACUCCUUCUGGUACAGGUUCUAUCGGCACAUCUGCGUCCCCAGUUCCAACUUCGUCAGGUAGCCAAUCUCUCACUGUCCCGGCUUCGGAAGGACCUUCGUCAGCUACUUCGACUGCCGCCGGUACUCUGAGCCCUUCGAGUGCUGGUAAUGCCACCCUUAGCGAUGCUCCCACUUCUUUCUUCAGCACCGGCUCCGUUGCUCCGUCAUCCGUUGUUGUGUCCACUCCACCACCAACUUCAGAGACACCCAAGCCUACAUCCACCAAGAGCCCUGCUUCGAUCACUAUUCCAGCCCUACCGACUACCACUAGCAAGGCGCCGCCGGUCUUCUCUCUUACGCCGACCGCCACCGAUAGCGCAACUUCUCUCAUCGUUGGUACCAGCAUCAUCGUUGAGGCUUCGACGAUGCCAACCCCUAGUCCCACCGUCAGCAGCAUUCCCUCGAGUCUACCACAGAUGAUUGCGCCGCCUGGAGGAGUCCCUCCUGAGAGGCCAGACAACAGCUUCAUGGGCCAAGUGUGUUUCAAGUGGCCGCUCAACUACCCGUUCGUGUCUGCAAACGAUGGUGGGCAGCAAAUUUUCCACUACCUGCCAAUUGCUAUCGCAGACGGUUUGAACAUCUCAACCUCUGAGGUCAAGAACUUCGGUCUGAAGCCUCUCAACACCAUGGAGUACCAGGGUUUCAUCACUACUCUCGCCUUGUUCACCAUUCCACAGGAUCUCCAGACGAAGCUCGCAGCGCAGCUCCGCAACCCCGCCGAUGCUUUCUGGCACAACAAAAACUCGACAGUGAACGACCUCACGACCUUGAUCAACACCGCCUGCCCUCUUCCCGCGGGCAAGCUGCCGGGUGACAACAGCCCUGCCAAUGCGGCUGCCGAACCAGGUGCUGAGUCCACAGGUGGUUCUGGCGAUGGUGGUGCUAUGGGAGGCGACAUCGGCGCCAGCCGCACUGUCAACAAGACCAGCGCCAUCGUCGCUAGCAGUGCCAUUGUUGGUGCUAUUGCCUACGGUGCAGCCAUGUUCUUUGUUGCUCGCCGAUACAGGAACAAGCGUAUGGCCCACCAGCGCUCGAGCUCUGUUCCCAGCACAAGCCGCAUGACCUACGGUUCAAUUCCAGGUGGCGCUGCUGCUUGGAUGCAUGGCGCUCGGAAUGGUCGAAUGACGCCUGGUAGUCGCGGCAGCCAAGGCAGCAGUACCACUCAGGGUCGCAGUGUCCGAACACAGCAGAUCUCAGCUCCGGUCAUGGCUGAGAACUCUCUUGGCUGGAACUAAAGCAUCACAACCCGUUCCCUCCCCCACAAAGUCUUCGUCGUUGUACCAUAGACUGGACGUGGAUGGCUCCGCCUCGUGCCUUCCAGAACACCUCCGUCCCAGCGACCAGCUUUGCCCCGUAUCAACAACAACUUGUCGUCGCACCGACCUCAUCCAAGCUGGUGUUCAGGAUCC